AUCAAAGAUCCAAGCGAUUCCAACCGCUCCCUUUUGUCUCACAAAUUACGAAGCCAAACUGCAAAAAGCAAAAAUUCAACACCGCCAAUCAACCUAAUAAAAUCAAGAUGCGAGGAUCUAGAUUCCAAGAGCUGUUGACUGUCAACAGCGCCUCUGUUGGAAGCAACAAGUCCCGACGAACCUUCUACGACAGAGCCAUUCCAGCCUCCCUGAACUUUGUAAAGGCAGCACCCAAGCCUACCGCCACUAGCAACAAGAGUAGAUCUUCUAGCAACAAGGCAGCACCACGACAACGACAACAGCAACAACCAGAAUCCAGACGCAGCAGUGACUUGGUAACCCAUCAAGAGAAGAAGGCUUACUCCCAACAGCACAGACGUGGCACUGCAGCUGGCGAAAGAAUGUCGGAAAGGACUGCGGCGGCACUCUCAGUGGACGAACUGGAAGCAGCCCUAGAAGACAUCUUGGCAGAUUAUGAAAACUAAGCAAAACCCAAAGCAAAACGAGUCAAGCAUACCAACAGAAGACUCUUCCAGCAGCCAGAUUUCCAGCUUCACUAUCGUAGGCUACUUGACUAGGACCACUAUUAUAUAAAACACCAAAUUCGACUUCA